AUGUCUCUGCUGAUGGUAAAUGAUAGGCUGACGCUUGGAGACAAGUUCAAAGGGACUGUUAGGUACAUUGGAAAGAUAAAGUCGAAGGAUGGGAAAUGGAUAGGGCUGGAGCUAGAUGAACCUGUGGGGGCUAAUAAUGGAAGUGUGAAUGGAAUAAGGUAUUUCCAUUGCAAAGACAAACACGGAAUAUUUAUACGAUACGAGAAGAUUAGGGAGGGCCUUGUAUGUGAAUCUAGAGGGGUCUCUGCUGAUGGGAAGAUUUCCAGAGAUCAAACUCACCUUUAUGAAUUGAAGAUAAAAAAGCUGGAGGAGACAAUUGAGUCUCUGAAGAGUACCGAGAAAGAGGAAAUAGUUGAGCUUAGGAAAGAGAAUGAGGAGAUAAAGAGGAUUGUUCUUUCACUGCGGGAAGGGAUAAAUUCCAAAAAGAUUGACAGGGAUGGAAGGAUCUAUCUUGAAUUGAAGGAGCUUGUGGAGGGGAGCAGAAAACAUAUAUCCGACAUGGUGGGGCUUGUUUCUGACAUAGAUGAGAUCUUAAAUAGAAACAAAUUGGCAAAUAGAAAGAGUGUUCAAGAAUGUGAAAGGCAUAGAGUCAUGUUUUUAGUAAAGAGAAUAAUAGACAGUGUUCUGGAUGAUAAUAUCGAAGCUGCCGAGAAUUUUAAAGGAGAGUUUGUGAAUAUAAUGAAGAAGUAUGGGAUAAAUGUUGAGUAA